GUCAAUGAGGUAGAGAAUAUAUUUUACGAUAUUUAACUAUUAUCAAGAGCGUCAGUCAUUUUCCAAAAUGAAAGUUGCCGUUAGAACAAUAAAGCCCACAGGCCGCACACAUAGCGCGUCCGUUAUAUUUUUCCACGGUUCCGGCGACACCGGACCAAAUGUAUUGGAAUGGGUCCGCUUUCUUUUAGGGAAAGACUUGGAUUUUCGGCACAUUAAAGUCAUCUAUCCUACCGCUCCCCUGCAGAAGUAUACCCCCAUGGAUGGCGAGCUGUCCACGGUAUGGUUUGAUCGGCGUUCAAUAAAUGUUGCGGCGCAGGAGAGCAGAAAGAGCAUGGCUCAAAGCUACGACAUUGCGAAUCAACUGAUACAGGAUGAGGUGGAUCAGGGUAUACCGCACAAUAGAAUUGUUGUUGGAGGUUUCUCAAUGGGUGGGGCACUCGCCUUACAUACCGGAUAUCAUUUGAACACAAACCUAGCUGGGGUUUUUGCCCACUCAGCAUUCCUUAAUCGUGGCUCUGUGGUGUACGAAUCCUUGCAAAAUCGAACGAAUUCAUCGGACGAGCUUCCUGAACUACGCAGCUACCAUGGCGAUCGCGAUACAUUGGUACCAUUAGAUUGGGGGAAGGAAAGUUUCGAUGCACUCCAAAAACUUGGGGUCACCGGCACCUUCAAGCCAUUGAAAAAUUGCUUACACGAGUUGAAGAAGGCCUCUAUGCUGGAUUUGGAGCAAUGGAUAAACGAAAAGUUGCCCCCUCUAGAAAGUGAUAUGCAAAACAAGCUUUAAGUUUGUCUUGUUGUACUUCAGUUCUUGGUUACAGCAUAAUAUAUGAAUGAAAUACUUGCCCGUUAAA